AUGUUAGGAGAACGUUGCAUUCUUCGGGAGUGGACAAGUGAAUUUUAUUCGUCGGAGACGACUCCAACUCCCCUUCCACUUCAUUGGACGCCCUAUCUCGGACCGAGGGCAAAAUUUGAUAGCGGAAGUGAACCAGAUCUUUUGGAAUUUGGACAAAGAGAUAUACAUUCCGUAUCUUCCUUGUUGAAGCAAUACUUUCGACAGCUUCCGAAUCCCCUCUUCACCUUCCAGUCUUAUUCAAAAAUCUUGGCCGAGGUGUGUCUUCCUUGA